AUGGCUGUGAGUUCAGCAGCGAUCAAGCUUAAUGAAAACGGGAUUCCAGACUUCGACGCACUCCCAUUUCGAAAGGGUGAUCCCAAGUACUCCGCCUGGGGUUUAUAUGGAGAUGAAGACGAGUUGGGAACUUUGAACAGGCUUACCGACGAGCAAGUUGCCAAAGCAGCAAAGAAUGAGAUCAAGGCUGACUCGGGCUUCUUCAACCGCAAGCUCUUCCACCAAGACCUCUUCGCCAAGCCGCCGCGGUGCGUCAACGACGACAUUUGGACCUUCAACACGCAGGUGUCCAGUCAGUGGGAUGGGUUGAGACACUAUGCUUAUCAGAAGGCAAAGAAGUUCUACAAUGGAGUGACGAUGGAGGAUAUUCAUGCGGAGGGAAGUGAAGUUAAUGGGAUACAGGCAUGGGCACAAAAAGGCAUAGUAGGCCGUGGCAUCCUCGUCGACUACCACUCCUGGCGUCUGGAGCAGAUCAGUAGUAAGAAGCCGACGAACCCGGAUCCGAGGCUGGUCAACUUUGACCACUUUGCUACCACGCCCAUUCCUCUCGAGGAUAUACACGCUUGUUUGGAAAGUCAGGGAACGGAGGUCAAGUUUGGGGAUAUUCUAUUUAUUCGGUCUGGUAAGGUGUUCUUAUAG